GGAUGGUGGCGUGGCCCUAGGCCCAGGCUCCGCACCAUGACCUGCUGGCUGUGUGUCCUGAGCCUGCAGCUCCUGCUUCUGCCCGCGGCCCCGCCCCCCGCUGGGGCCUGCCCGGCCCGCUGCGAGUGUACAGCGCAGAUGCGCGCGGUAGCCUGUCCCCGGCGCCGGCUGACCGCGGUGCCCGACGGCAUCCCGGCCGAGACGCGCCUGCUAGAGCUCAGCCGCAACCGCAUCCGCUGCCUGAACCCGGGCGACCUGGCCGCCCUGCCGCUGCUGGAGGAGCUGGACCUGAGCGAGAACGUGAUCGCGCACGUGGAGCCCGGCGCCUUCGCCAACCUGCCGUGCCUGCGAGUGCUGCGCCUCCGCGGCAACCUGCUGAAGCUCAUCCCGCCCGGCGUCUUCACGCACCUGGACAACCUCACGCUGCUGGACCUGAGCGAGAACAAGCUGGUCAUCCUCCUGGACUACACCUUCCAGGACCUGCGCAGCCUCCGCCGGCUGGAGAUGGGCGACAACGACCUGGUGUUCAUCUCGCGCCGGGCCUUCGCGGGGCUGCUGGCGCUUGAGGAGCUGACCCUGGAGCGCUGCAACCUGACGGCGCUGUCGGGCGAGUCGCUGGGCCACCUGCGGGGCCUGGGCGCCCUGCGGCUGCGGCACCUGGCCAUCGCCGCCCUGGAGGAUCAGAACUUCCAGCGGCUCCCGGGCCUGCUGCACCUGGAGAUCGACAACUGGCCGCUGCUGGAGGAGGUGGCCGCCGGCAGCCUGCAGGGGCUCAACCUGACCUCGCUGUCCGUCACGCACACCAACAUCACCGCCGUGCCGGCCGCCGCCCUGCGCCACCAGGCCCACCUCACCUGCCUCAAUCUCUCGCACAACCCCAUCAGCACGGUGCCGCGAGGGUCCUUCCGCGACCUGGUGCGCCUGCGUGAGCUGCACCUGGCCGGGGCCCUGCUGGCCGUGGUGGAGCCGCAGGCCUUUCUGGGGCUGCGGCAGAUCCGCCUGCUCAACCUCUCUAACAACCUGCUGUCCACGCUGGAGGAGAGCACCUUCCACUCGGUCAACACGCUGGAGACGCUGCGCGUGGACGGGAACCCGCUGGCCUGCGACUGUCGCCUGCUCUGGAUCGUGCAGCGCCGCAAGACCCUCAACUUCGACGGCCGCCUGCCGGCCUGCGCCACCCCGGCCGAGGUCCGCGGCGACGCGCUGCGCAACCUGCCGGACUCGGUGCUCUUCGAGUACUUCGUGUGCCGCAAGCCCAAGAUCCGCGAGCGGCGGCUGCAGCAUGUCACGGCGGCCGCGGGCGACGACGUGCGCUUCCAGUGCCGCGCCGAGGGCGAGCCGGCGCCCACCGUGGCCUGGGUGACGCCGCGCCACCGCGCGGUGACCGCCGCCAGCGCCGGCCGGGCGCGCGUGCUGCCGGGCGGCACGCUGCAGAUCCGGGACGCGCGGCCAGGGGACAGUGGCACCUACACGUGCGUGGCCAGCAACGCGGGCGGCAACGACACCUACUUCGCCACGCUGAGCGUGCAGCCCGAGCCGGCCGCCAACCGGACCCCGGGCGAGGGCCGCAACGACACGCAGGCGGCCGCGCGCUUCCCUCUGGACCUCACCACCAUCCUGGUGUCUACCGCCAUGGGCUGCAUCACCUUCCUGGGCGUCGUCCUCUUCUGCUUCCUGCUUCUCUUCGUGUGGAGCCGCGGCCGCGGGCAGCACAGGAACAACUUCUCGGUGGAGUACUCUUUCCCCAAGGUGGACGGGCCCGCCGCGGCUGCCGGCCAGGGAGGCGCCCGCAAGUUCAACAUGAAGAUGAUCUAAGAGGCCCCC